UAAUUGUUGGAGGUGAAAAUCAUUUGACCCGUUUGCUCUGCUCGCUCGCAACGGAAAACAGAGAGGAGGGCAAAGGGCAACCCCCCAUUCCUCUCGGUCUCGGCUCCUCCCUCUCCACCUGCCAAUCACCCACCCCCCUCUCGCCUCCUCCAUCUCUCGUCUCCCUGGUCUUGGACCCGCACCGCGGCGGCGCGACGGCGCAAUGGACAUAGUGUGUGAGAUAUGUGGCAAUGGUAGCCGUCCUGAUCUUAUUGCAAACUGUGCACGGUGCAAUACUUAUGAGCACUGUUAUUGUAUGCAGGUGUUGACAUAUGUGGUUCCACAUGAAUGGUAUUGUGCUGGAUGUCAAGAAUAUGGUAACGGGUGCCCAAAACCUAGUCAAAGUGGGCAAACUGAGCUCCAAAAUCCAUGGCAUGGUUGUGAUAAGAUGAAGGAAAGGGAAACUGUGAAGUUGAACCUCAGUCACAGCAAUGUGGUGCAUCAAAUUGAUCCCAGAUCUUCAAAUAAAUUUGGAAAUGCUAAAGUGAAAUUCAUUUCGUCUGAAGAAGUGGCAUCAUUGAGUAGACAAAGGCCAACGUAUGUUAGGUCAAGAUUUGCUGUGCGGCCAAGUAAGGUUCACCCAUCAUCUCCACCAAAUACAAAACACUCAUCCAAUUUGAAAUGUGUAUCCCCCAGUAGGAGUGACACACAAGUGCAAGCCCUGAAACGAUGUGCUGUUGCAAAUCAUGAUAAAACAAAAAUCGAGCAUAGGUCAUAUUUUGCUACUCAGCAAAGACCGGUUCGUCCUGCAUCUCCUCCAAGCAUGAAGCAGCCAUCCAAUAUGAAAUCAAUAUCCCCCAGUAGGAGUGACAUGCAAGUGCAAGCCCUGAAAUGGUGUGCUGCUGCAAGUCGUGAUCAGGCAAAGAUUGAGGGCAGGCCAGAUUUUGCUAUACAGCAAAGACAAGUUCGUCCUGCAUCUCCUCCGCAUGUGAAAAAGUUUUCAAAUAUGAAGUGCAUAUCCUCCAAUAGGACUGAAACGCAAGUGCAUAGCAUGAAACGAUCUGCUGCUACCUGUCAGGAUCAGGCAAAGAUUGAUGACAUAAACAUGAAAUGGGACACGAGAUCUGGUGGUUCUAUGUUUGAACACAAAGCUAGAGAAACGAAGAUAGUGAAAACACAUGAAGGAGAAAUCAACUCUAAGAUUGAGGAUGGGCCUAGGGAAAUGGGAACAUUAUGUGCUUCAGACGGUGAUACUGUACGCAAAUCUGAAACGGAAAAUCUGAACCAGAAUAGAGAUGUGCUACUCUCCAUCAAUUCAAGUGUAGAGUAUACAAGACGCCCACCACCUGCCAUUUGUUGGACGGGAUCCUUUCAUGUCUUGGUUGCUGGAGAAAAUCUUUAUCUUGGUGAAUUUAAAGCCCAGUUUCCAUCAAAAGUUUCAUCCAAAGUUUAUGAUAUUGCCAAGAUGAUACCCAAUAAUCUACAAUUGCAGUUAUUACCUCGAAUGGAUGACUGGCCAAAGUCUUUUGAGAUUGUCAAUCCAGUUUAUGAAGACAUUGGCUUGUUCUUCUUUCCUAAUGAACCUGAUGGGCAUGAAAAACACUCUUAUUUAUUGGAAGCCUCCAGCAAUUAUGUUCUAAGGACAUAUAUUGAUGGCAUAAAGUUGUUGAUAUAUUCCUCGGAAGUGCUUCCGCCUGAUUCUCAGUGGAUAGAUGGUGAGAACUACUUAUGGGGGUUGUUUGUAAGAUCAAAGGGAAAGAGCGAUCCUCGGCAGUUCAGUUUAACCACUACAUGACCGUUUCAUUUCCCUGCGCAUGGUAGUGUACAACAGCGAAAAGGUAGUUAAAUCCAGAGGUGGUCAAGUGGACUCUCCGUUACGUGUACCAGGGGCAUCUUCAUAUUGUAAUACAACAGUCAUCGCACUUUUUGUGCCCAUCUGAUUCUGACCCUGUAACCGAAGGGAGAAUCUUGAGCUCCAUCAUUCGGGAGGAUGUACAUUUUUUUUUGGGUUCUGAUCUGAAACUAACUCCUGUAUAGCAUGGCAACCAUCAGUCUAGUAAACCCUUGCAGUCUGCAACUUGCUCUUGUGAUGUAUAUCCGUUGUUUCCCACAUUUGUGUGGUUGAUCUAUUGUGAUUGAAUGGUGCUAAAUGGAGAGUUGUACUGUUUACCCUUUA